CUCUGUCUGUGUCUUCUUUUUCUCUUCCUCUCUUUCCCCCAUCUUCCUCUCUUGCUCUUUUUCUCUCUUUUUUUCUAUGCCUCUCUCCCUCUGUGUCUCUCUCUCCGUCUCUUCUCCUCCCCGCUCUCCCUCCGUGUCUCUUUAUCUGUGUCCCUCUCUCUCUCUCAUGUCUCUCUACCCCUCUCUCCUUCUUCAACUAUCUUUUUUCUCUCUCUUUUCUUUCUCUUCCUUCCCUCCUUCACACACACUCUCUUCCUCUCUCUCUUACCCUUUCUAUAUUUCUUUCUUCCUCUCUUUCCUCUGUCUCCCUUUCUCCCUCUCUUUUUCUCUCUUCCUCUCCCUCUUUUUCUCUCUCUUCUUCUUUCUCUUCAUUUCUCUCUCUCCUCAACUCUCUCUCCCACUCUCUAUAUUUCUCUUUCACUCUCUCUCCCACUCUCUCUUCCUCGCUCUCUCUUCCACUCUAUUUUUCCUCUGUCUUCCAUUCUCUCUCCCACUGUGUCUCUCUCUCUCUCUCUCUCUCUCUCAUUUCCACUCCAUUUUUUCUUUCUUCCACUUUCUCUCCCACUCUCUAUAUUUCUCUUUCCCUCCCUUCUUCUUUCUUCCUCUAUUUUUUCUCCCUUCCUCUCUUUUUCUUUUUCUCUCUCCCUUCCUCUCUUUUCUUUUUCUCUCUAUUCCUCUCUCUCCCUCUCUUCAUCUCUCUAUUCCUCUCUCUCUCUCUCCCUUUCUCCUCCUCUUCUCUUUCCCUCUUUUCUUUUUCCCUCUCUUCCCCAUCUGUCUGUCUCUCUCUUCCCUCUUUUUCUUUUUCUCUCUUCCACUCUAUCUUUUUCUCUCUCUCCCUCCCUCUCUUUCUCUUCUUUUUCUCUCUAUUCCUCUCUCUUCUUCUCUCUCUUCCUUUCUCCCUCUUCCUCUCUCUCUCUUUUUCUCUCUAUUCCCCUCUCUUCCUCUCAUCUCUCUUUUCAUUUUCUCUCUAUUUCUCUUCCUUCCCCUCUCCCUUUCUCCCUCCCUCUCUUUUCUUUUCUUCCCUCUAUUCCUCUCUCUUUCCCCCUUCUCUUCCUCCCUCUCUUCAUCUCUUUUCAUUUUCUCUCUGUUCCUCUCUUUUCCCCCUCUCUUCCUCUCUCUUUCCCUCUCUCCUGUUCUUUUUUCUCUCUCUCCUUUUUUCUUCAUUCCUCUUUUUCUCUGUCCUUCUCUCUCUCUCUCCCAUUCUAUAUUUUUCCCUCUCCUACUGUCUCUUCCACUUUUUUCUCUCUUUCUUCCUCUCUCUCUUCCCCUGUCUCUCUUCCUCUGUCUUCUUUUUCUCUCUAUUCUUCUCUCUUCCCCUUUCUCUUUCUCUCUUCUUCUUCUCCUUUUCUCUCUUCCACUCUAUAUUUUCUCUUGCUCUCUUUUUCUCUCUCUUCCUCCCUCUGUCUCUGUCUUCCUCCCUCUCCCUUCCACUCUCUAUUUCUCUCUCCCUUUCUUCCUCUCUUUUCUUUUUUCUCUCCCUCUCUUCCUCCAUCUCUUCUUUUUCUCUCUUCCUCUCUCUUUCUUCUUUUUCUCUCUCUUCCUCUCUUUCUUCCUCUUUAUUUUUCUAUCUCAUCCUCUCUUCCUCUGUCUUUCUUUCUCUCAUUUCACUCUCUUCCUGUCUUCCUCUUCCUCUCUUAUUUCCCUUUCUAUCUCUUCCUCUAUCUUUCCCUCUCUCCUCUUCUCUUUUUCUCUCUCCUCUUCCUCUUUUUCCCUCUUCCUUCUUCUCUCUCUUCCACUCUAUAUUUUUCUCUCUUCCACUCUCUCUUCCUCUUUUUUCUGCUCUCUUUUAUUCCCUCUCUCUUCCACUCUCUACAUUUCUCUCUCUCCCUUUCUUCCUCUUUUCUUUUUUUUUCUCUCUCUCUCGUUCUUUCUUCCUCCCUCUUUCUUCCUGUUUUUUUCCUUUCUCUUCUCCCCCCUUUUUUCCUCCCUCUCCCCUUUUUUUCUCUUCCUCUCUUGCUCUUUUUCUCUCUUCCUUUUUCUAUCCUUCUCUCCCUCUGUGUCUCUUUCUGUGUCUCUUCUCCCUCCUGCUCUCCCUUUAUGUCUCUUUUUCUAUGUCUCUCUCUCACUCUUCUCUCUCUCAUGUCUCUCUCCUCCCCCCUCUCCUUCUUCGACUAUCUUUUUUCUCUCUUUUCUUCUUUCCCUCUCCUUCCCUCCCUCAUACACACUCUCUUCGUCUCUUACACUUUCUAUAUUUCUCUCUUCCUCUCUUUCCUCUCUCCCCUUUCUCACUCUAUUUUUCUCUCUUCCUCUCCCUCUUUUUCUCUCUCGCUUCUACUCUUUUUCUCUCUCUUCUUCUUUCUUUUCAUAUCUCUCUUCCUCCACUCUCUCUUCCACUCUUUAUAUUUCUCUCUUCCUCUCUCUUCCUCCCUCUCUUUCUUUAUUCCUCCCUCUCCCUCUCUUCGCCCUCUCUUACUCCCUCUCUUCAUUUCUUUAUUCCCCUCUAUCUCUCCCUUUUUCCCUCUCCUUCUCUUCCCCUCUUUUCUUUUUCUCUCUCUUCCCCUGUAUGUCUGUCUCUCUCCCUUUCUCCCCCCUCUCUCUUCACCUCUUUUCUUUUUCCCUCUCUUCCCCUGUGUCUGUCUCUCUCUUCUCUUUUUCUUUUUCUCUCUUCCUCUCUCUUCCAUUCUAUCUUUUUUCUCUCUUCCUCCCUCUCUUUUUCUCUCUUUCCUCUCUCUUCCCCCCUCCUUCUCUUUCUUCCUCCCUCUAUCUUCCUCUCUCUCUUUUCUUUUUCACUCAAUUCCUCUUUCUUCUUUUUCUCUCUAUUCCUCUCUCCUCUUUUUCUCUUUCUUCCUCUCUUUCCCUCUUUUUCUCUCUCUCUCUCACUUUUUUCUCUCUCUUCUUUUGUCCUCUCUCCCCCUCUUUUCCUCCCUCUCUUUUUCUCUCGCUCUCCCUGCUUCUCUCCCUCCCUCCCUCUCUCUCUUCCCCCUCUCGUCUCUUUUUUCUCUCUUCUUCUCUGUCUCUCUCCCUCUCUCUCUACCUCCCUCUGCCCCUCUCCUCCUCCCUCUCUGUCUAUUUUUGUCUCUCUUCCUUCUCUCUCUUUUCUCUCUGUAUUUUUUCUCUCUCUCUUCCUCUCUUUUCUUCCUCUCUCCCUCUCUUUCACUCUAUAGUUUUCUCUCUCUUCCUUUCUUUCUCUCUUCCACUGUCCCUCCCACUCUGUAUAUUUUUCUUUCCCUCUCUCUCCCGCUCUUAGUCCCUCUCUUUCUUUCUCUGUCUCCCUCUCUCUUUUUCUCUAUUCCCCCCUCUCUGUCUCCCUCUCUCCCUUUCUUUCUCUCCCUCCCUUUAUUUUUUCUGUCUCUCUUCCUCUCUUUUUCUCUCCCUUCCUCCCUCCCUCUCUCUGACUUUUUUCUGUUUCUUUUCCUCUCUUUUUCUCUCUCUUCCUCCCUCUCUCUCUUUUUUCUGUCUCUCUUCCUCUCUUUUUUCUUCCCCUCUCCCUUCCUUCCCCCUCUCUCUUCUUCUCGUUCUUUUUCUCUCUUCCUCUCUCUCUUCCACUCUCCCUCCCACUCUAUAUUUCUUUCUUUCCCUCUCUUCUUCUCUUUUUUUUCUGUCUUCCUCUCUCUCUUCCUCCAUCUCUUUCUUCCUCUCUCUAUUCCUCUGUCUUCCCCCUCUCUUUUUCUUCUCUCUUUCUCCCUCUCUUCCUCUUUCUUCUUUUCUUUUUCUCUCUUCUUCUCUCUUCUAUUCCUCUCUCUCUUCCCCCUCUCUCUUCAUCUCUUUCUUCCUCUCUCUCUUCCUCUUUUGUAUCUGCUAUCUUUCCCUCUCUUCUUCUUUUUCUCUCUCUCUUCCUCGCUUUCUCUCCCUUUCUCUCUCUUCCACUCUAUAUUUCUUUCUCUUCCUCUCUCUUUCUCUGC